AUGCACACGUUUGGCAAAGAGGCCGUGACCCAGGGAGCCGCGGCCGUCGGAGAUCGGACGCCGAAGGGAAUCCGAUGUGAUUUCGGCCGUGUCUGCGCGGCGCCGUCCCUCCCCGCCUGCAAACGGUUCAUUAAGGGGCUGAGGCAGUACGGCAAGAACUUCUUCAGGAUCCGAAAGGAGUUGCUUCCGAAUAAGGAGACCGGAGAACUAAUCACCUUCUAUUACUAUUGGAAGAAAACCCCUGAAGCAGCAAGUUCUCGAGCCCACCGUAGGCAUCGAAGGCAGGCUGUGUUUCGGAGAAUUAAAACUCGAACUGCUUCCACUCCAGUCAACACUCCCUCCAGGCCCCCCUCCAGCGAAUUCCUGGACUUGAGCUCGGCCAGUGAAGAUGACUUCGACAGUGAGGACAGUGAACAGGAGCUGAAGGGCUACGCCUGCCGUCACUGCUUCACAACCACCUCCAAGGACUGGCACCACGGCGGUCGAGAAAACAUCCUACUGUGCACAGAUUGUCGUAUUCACUUCAAAAAGUACGGAGAGCUGCCACCCAUUGAGAAGCCCGUAGACCCUCCACCCUUUAUGUUUAAGCCUGUCAAAGAGGAAGAUGAUGGACUUAGUGGAAAGCAUAGCAUGAGGACAAGGAGGAGUCGAGGCUCGGUAGGCUUCACACUGUUGGUUCUUCCACAUUUCUGCUUGUUCUGUAGAAGGGAGGUGUUGCCUUAGAUGGUCCUCGAUUGUUUUGCAUGCCCACAGACAUAUAUAUGUACAUACACAUAUAUAAUUUUUUUAAUGGAACUGUAGGUCUCCACCCACCUCACCCCCUGUGUGUGUAUGCACACUUAAAAACAUUUUUUUCCUUUUUUUUUUAGAGAAAAUUCAGUAUGUAGACAGUAGCAGCUUAGGGAGCAUCACUCAUUUCUAGCAGACAGUACUUCAGGUACACCACACUCAGUGUUUUGGUGUGGGCACAGUAAGUAUUUGCCUCACUUUUAAGCUGAGAUGAACUUUCAAGGAAGAAUUAUAA